UGGCAACUCCUGGAUCUGUUCAGUUCAGCUCCCGCAGAAAAGCAGAGAAGCGAGAAGCCUGCACGGCAGUCCUGGGCGUUGGACCUCCAGGGGACAGAUUCUCUCCCUCCCUCCCUGGAGCGCUUUCCCGCCCGCCACGCCGCACUCACCAGGUGGCCAUGGCCUCGCUGCCGACGACGCAGGACCCCUUGGUUCCUGACUUAUCUCCUGGACUUCUCCCAGCGGCCUCAGCCCCGGGCAAUCAGAGUGCGGAGGCCUCGGUGGGCAAUGGGUCAGCAGCUGGCGCAGGCGCUCCGGCUGCCACGCCGUUCCAGAGUCUGCAGCUGGUGCACCAGCUGAAGGGGCUGAUCGUGCUGCUCUACAGCCUCGUGGUCGUCGUGGGGCUGGCAGGCAACUGCUUGCUGGUGCUGGUGAUUGCGCGGGUGCGCCGGCUGCACAACGUGACCAACUUCCUCAUCGGCAACCUGGCCCUGUCCGACGUACUCAUGUGCACCGCCUGCGUGCCGCUCACGCUGGCCUACGCCUUCGAGCCGCGCGGCUGGGUGUUCGGCGGCGGCCUGUGCCACCUGGUCUUCUUCCUGCAGCCCGUCACCGUCUACGUGUCCGUGUUCACGCUCACCACCAUCGCAGUGGACCGCUACGUCGUGCUGGUGCACCCGCUUCGCCGGCGCAUCUCGCUGCGCCUCAAGCCGCACCGCGUGCGCCUCUGCGAGGAGUUCUGGGGGUCCCAGGAGCGCCAGCGCCAGCUCUAUGCCUGGGGACUGCUGCUCGUCACCUACCUCCUUCCCCUGCUGGUCAUCCUCCUGUCCUACGUCCGAGUGUCGGUGAACACCUUCUGCCUCCUGGUGGUGGUGGUGGUGGUGUUCGCCAUCUGCUGGCUGCCGCUGCACGUCUUCAACCUGCUGCGGGACCUCGACCCGCGCGCCAUCGACCCCGACGCCUUCGGGCUGGUGCAGCUGCUCUGCCACUGGCUCGCCAUGAGCUCGGUCUGCUACAACCCCUUCAUCUACGCGUGGCUGCACGACAGCUUCCGCGAGGAGCUGCGCAAGCUGCUGCUGGCCUGGCCGCGCAAGAUCGCGCCGCAAGGCCAGAGCAUGACUGUCAGCGUGGUCAUCUGAGGCCACUGCACCCGGCCUGGGCUGGGGAGCUCCAGGACCACUGGUCUCUGAGGGUGCCCACCGAGGCUGGGCUGGAGGGCUAGCUCCCAGCUCCAGAGCUAAGCCAAGACGGGCCAAACUUCCAGCCCAGCCCCCUUGUCCAGCAGCUUUGCCUUGUGCUUGAGUCUUUGUGAAAUGUUAAGUGGGCUUUGGUGCAAGUGCUUUGCUUGGAGGAGGCCCCGGGAGAGGAAAGGGGAUUUAUUAUUUGUCUCUUUAUGCUUUAAAGGCCAAACAAAGCUCUUGGGUUUUAAAACAGUGUUUCCGAACCGUGUUUGCCUCCCAUGCCUUGCCUCCUGUUUGCUCAAUGGUGAGAUGAGACGGAACAAUGGGGGUAGGAGUUAAAGUGACUGCGUAGGAGUUUGGCAAAGCUCUUCAGUUUGCCUUUUAAAAUGGAUGCAAUUUUUAAGGCUGAGGUAUAAUGCCUGAUAUUGCUUCCCUAAUUUGAACCCAUUUAUUUCUAAAAUUCUGGGGAAAUAGGCAUUCCCAAUCUACAGCUAGGAUGUUAGCAUUUCCUCAACAAGACCUUGAUACAUCAUUUUCAUUUGAAAUCCACUUGCAUUUAUAGUACAAAACACUUAAAAACGACCUUUGAAAAGGUCUUGCUGUUAUGUUCCCCCUCCUCAUCCCCCACUUUUAUUUGAAAAUGAUGAGAUAAAUUAGUUAGUGAAGAGAUAAAUAAAUAGGAAUAAAGAGGAAAAGGUACCAGUCACUUAAGGGGGCAGAUAGCCGUGCAGAGGACAGACCUUCUCUCUGUGUGUAUGUUUGUGUAUACACACCCAGUGCUUGCCACUGGUGGGCACUCACAUAUUUGCUUUCCUGAACAUGCAGUGGCAGCUGCGUGCCACGCAUUCUCCUGCGUUCUCCAAUCGCUCGGCCGCAGCAGACCCACAGCUGUCUUCCAGCCACUCAGCACCUGCUCUGCAGUGACACUUGGAACAUGAUCAAUCCAGAUGACAAGGACUGGGAGAAGUUUCCUUAAGGCCCAAUCAGAAAAAUAAGCAGUCACUCACAGGACACACAGAUCAAACACGUAAUUCCUUCCACACAUGGUUAAGGGAACAGGUGAAGGCCGUUGGGCCACGAUACCAUGCUGCUAAUUCUCACCUUAACCUCCUGAGGACCUUCUGUAAACUAGGACAAGUGCCCCGUGACAAGGGUUUCCACACUGAUGUUGGGACAGCAAGCGGGCAGUGAGGGCAGGCGUGUUAGGAAAUGACACCUGAAAUCCAGCUGUCAGAUCAGCCCCCGUGGCAUGCAGGGCCUGAGCUAUGUCUGCAGCCUCUCGGUUACCAACUGUAAGAUUCCAGGGCUGCCAUAGCUCACUAAGCAGCUGAAUCCGUGUUUCCCCACCUCCCUUUCUCUUACUCCCGGAAAGGAGCGCAUUCACUCAUUAAGGUGUUCCCUGAAAGGAAGCGGAAGAGGGGGCGAUUUGGGGAUGACAAGGAUUCAAUGCUAUUACUCCAGUGCCAACAACCAGGAUGGAAGAGUGAGGACUGGUGGUUGGGCUAGUUAUCAAUCCGAGUCUUUAGUAGUUAUAUGGCUCGAGUGUUUGAAGCAUGGGGAAGGGUAGGAAAAGCCUGGCUUGGGAGAAAGGAAAACACAGGUUAACUCGGGAGAUGCAAGUUACCUUUGGCAAUGACACUAACACGAGCGGUCGGCUUCACCUGUGGACGUGGAGAACAAAGACCCUGUGCUCUAAUAAUGCAGCCCGCCCACAACGUUGUGUCCCUCCCCCUCCCAAUGGACUCAUCUCCCAGGCACCCCAGGGACAGGCUCCUGUGCUUCCAGCAGUUCCGUUACUUGCGAGGCUCAAGGCCACGCAUGUCACGUUUCCUUAGAGCAGCGGUUCUCAACCUGGGGGUCGAACGACCCUUUCACAGGGGUCGCCUA